AUGGCUCCCACCGCGACCUACCCUGAAGGUUCCCAGGCGCCCAAAGUCAAGAGUGUUCAUACUCCGCCACCCCCGAAAGUGCAUUCUUUCGAUGCGUCCACCGCUUCUUGCGACCAAAUAGUCCAGGCUUUGAGCUUGUGUGGUGGAUGCAUCGUCCGCGGCAUGGUGCCAACGGAGAAAUUGGAACAGAUCGAAAGGGACACUCGCCCGUAUAUCCAAGCAGAUAAGCCUUGGACGCUGGAUGAUUUCUUCCCCCCGGAGACGAGGCGGGUGACUGGGCUCUUUGAGAAAUCAAGGGCUUUCAUUGAGAGCAUCCCGGCAAACAAACUAUACCAAGAUGUCUGCCACGCGAUGCUCACCGAUGUUUUGCAAGGCUAUUGCGGACAGAAGCUUGAGAACUUUGUUUCCAGGCCCCAGCUGAACACCAAUGUCAUCUUUUCAAUCGGUCCCGGGGCAAAGGCCCAAGAACUCCACCGGGACGAUUCCAUGCACCACAACAGAACCCCGGAGAUCACACCAGAUGAGUACAAGAUCGGACGCGAUACCGGGCUGGGUUGCUUUGUGGCCGGAAAGAAGACCACCAGAGCAAAUGGCGCCACACGGUUCAUUCCUGGCUCUCACCUCUGGAGCCAUUUGACCCCUCCAAAUGAGGACCUUGCCUGCUAUGCUGAGCUGGAGCCAGGAGACGCAUUCUGGAUGCUCUCCUCAGCCUACCACGGUGGGAGCGCCAACACCACCACGAACGAAGAGAGAUUGGUUUAUGCCUGCUUCAUGACUAAGGGCUAUUUGCGCCAGGAAGAGAAUCAAUACCUCACCACUCCUCUCGACGUUAUGAGAACAUAUCCAUUGGAGGUCAUGAAGAUGGCAGGAUAUCAGGCCAGUCUUCCAUAUCUAGGAUGGGUCAAUUUGGAAGACCCCAUUCAUGUCUUGGUGGACGAGUCGGUUACUGGGAAAUUGGCUCUGCAAUAG